AUGGCUUCACCCAGACCUAAUGCGACACCUACUGCGGGGGCGUCUGCUUCUUCAACGCAACCAAUCACCCCUCCAGCUGAACCUCUACCGCCAUCAAACCCAGCAGCGCCAACCACCGCGACCCCUGCUCAGAUACCUUCCACCUCACUUCAGGAUAGUGGUAAAAGCAGACGGCCUCGAGACGCCCGACUAAUUCAUAUGCUACUGGCCUCACUCGGUGUCACCUCCUACCAGGAACGUGUCCCGCUUCAGCUCCUUGAUUUCGCAUAUCGGUAUACCUCGAGCACAUUACAGGAUGCCGUAUAUCUAGCAACGGAGGGUUACCCGGGAGAAUUGCAGAAGGAAAGUGGCCGACAACAUGCGCAUCAAGACGGUAGCAGCGGCAUUAGCCUGGGUGCGCUGCGAAUGAGCAUAGCUUCUCGGUUACAUUAUCAGUUUCAGCCAGGCCUGCCUAAGGAGUUCUUGAUGGAUCUUGCAGCAGAGCGAAAUAGAAUUAUGUUGCCUGGGGUCUCGAGAGGCCAGGAAGGGGGUCCGGGUAAUGCUGCAGUUUCAGGGCAGGAGACAAUGAUGGGCGGAAUACGGCUGCCGCCAGAGCGAUUUUGCCUGACGGGAGUAGGUUGGGAUAUGAAAGGGGAGUGGGAGAGUGAAGGUGAGGAAGAUAUGGAUGUUGACACACAAGCUGCUGGUGCUGGUGCGGAGAAAGACGCAGGAGAAGAAGGGGACGAAGAUGACGACGCUGAUGGUCGGAUGGAAGAUGUCUUUGGGCCCACCACCACUGUUGACGCUGAAAAGGACGAGGACAAGACCAUGACGGAUGUUUUUCAAAAGGUAUGGGAGUAG